AUGGGUGAUCCAUUCUCGAUUGCAAGUGGCACGGUCGGUAUCAUCUCACUGGGCAUCCAACUAUGCAAAGAAAUCACAACCUAUGUCGACUCAUGGCGGGGUUAUGAUGCAGACCUCGAAAGUAUCGGCUGGAAAGCCGAAUCACUCAAAGAACCGCUGAAGCAGCUACGCGAUUUCGUCGAAGACACUCAAGUGACGGACCCUAACACUGCAAAUGACAUAACGGACAAGGCAUCAGAGCUCAAGCGACAUUUAACGAGGCUCGAGAAGAGGCUCACCGAAGCCAAGCCUGUCAUUUCCAGCAGCCUGACGGAUAAAUUCCGGAACAAACUGAAGAAAGCGGCUUAUCCAGUUCGUGCGCGAGAUGCUUUACGAGAUAUCAAGGAUGAUCUGGAGAGUGUACAAUCAAUCAUCGAAUUUGCAUUGACAAUAUUCACUGCAAAACGGACACAGAAGGCAUCCCAGUCAACAGAAAGAACACUGAAACUUGUUGAAGAAAUCCACGUUACUCUGUCGACUAUCCCACAGAAUAUCAUGCUACCACCUAGCGUUCUGAAAUCAUUGUGCGAUCGCUGUGAGGAACACGCCAAUCUCGCUGACCUGAAUUCACAAUCCAAUCCCACCACCCAAGGUGAUGAUUUCGACCUGAAUAUCGACGCUCGUCUGUCAUCAAUGACACUAUCCACCAAGCGCGCUCGCCGUGAAGACUCAGCCAAGAAGUUGUUCCGAUAUUACAGUGGUUGGCUUGCUCGACAGAUCACUUUCUCAUUCUCGCUUUCAUAUUCAGCGGGAGCGUUUUCCAUUGCACCGGUCUUGGAGGUGCAGGCCUAUCGGGGUCCAGGCAGUUGGGUAGAAAACGCAGUUUCACUUGAACGCCUGCGUCGGAUUUGGAUGAUGCAGGAUCCUAACUCACUCCGAGAGUCUGAGAAUGAAAUAAUCGGUGAUUUUCAACAAGCCAUUUCAAAAGGCAAAUUUGAACCUGGCGAUAUACAUGAAGACGGAGGGUCGAUUGUAGAGCGGACCGUGUCUAUUGUGAAUUCCAUUGGUUAUCGCACUGGAAAGCUUGAACCCAGAGUCAGAUUGACCAAAUUCCUCCGGUUCAUGAUUGAGUGCGGUUACAACUUGAAACUCGACGACCCUCAAUACAUGAUGUUUAAUGUCCUAAAUGCUAAAUGGGGAGCAAAUGAUGAAAUGUUUGCUUUGUACCUCAUCAAUCAUGGUGCUAUUGUGAAACACCUGCCCCGGACGCGACAUGGAAAAGAAAAUAUUCGGCGCCUUCUCUGUAGGGACACUGAACUGGCGGAUCUACCUGAACUUGCCAAAAAGAUUUUGCUGGAGUCGGAGCUGAAACUGCGAAAAGCAUUGCAAUCCGGGAAUACAAACUUGACCAAUGGCAAUGUAGGGCAUCCAUCAUUUCUUGAAUUGGCAGUAGGAUGGCCUGGUGGUGUCCGUGUCCUCUUGGAGUUCGGGGCUGAGGCAUCUGAGGUGACCCUGCGAAUGUGUCCAUAUAGGACCAUUGAUACCGAUGAUUCCGACUGUGAUGAUUACUGUGACUCAAUUAUGCCUCUCUUACAAGGUGGAUGCAAUUUUGAAGCCUACGAUAUAUGCAUGUGCAAGUCAAAGAAGGCCCGGUUGCUCUUGAUCAAGGAAUACGCCAAUCGACGCAAAAUCCUACUUGGUUUGGCCCGGUCACGCUUGCCACCAGAAAGUUUUGCUGAAAUCCUUGGAGAUUCCAGUUCUGAGUCAAUUUUUGAUGUUCAUGUGCCUCAAAUAUGCACUGAGCUGAUCAACAAUGGGCAGCCGCUUCAUCGCUCUAUGCGAUAUGAGUCGAAGAAUUAUCAGCCCUUGUACCAUUCAUGUUUGUGUGAUUUGGAUGCCUGGGAUGAUUUAUACCGGGCUGGAUUUCGAGACAUUGAUAUACCGGGUUAUCGUGAGUUGACGCCCCUGAUGAGCUGUGCUCUGGAUUACGAGUUUCAGAGAAAUCUUCUGGCCUGGCUUGUUGAUAAAGGGGCAUCCAUGUUAAAAAGACUCCCCUUUUCGGACACAACAAUCGCUCAUCGCGUGAGCUCUCGUUUUGCCGACCACCUCCUAUCGGCCAUUAUUUCUGACAAAUCUUUCAGCAAAAUACCUCACAGAACUCAAGUCUCACUAGAGUGGGCCAAAAAGAGAAAAGGCAGCAUUGUGCUCAUUCCAUCUGUCCAAGACUGCUGUGUCUGCGCAUGUUGCCAUGGUGGCUGUACCACACUUUCAGUCGCUCUCCGGAGUUGUAACAAAAGUCUUGGGUAUCAAUCCUCUCGCGGCAAUCCGAGGGCCGAAUAUCUCUGGCUUUUGAAUUCUCUCAUUGAUUUGACAGAAACGACGUUAGAACGGGACCACAGUAUUAUCCGAUUUCUGACAUUCGAAGCACUUGGAUUGAGACAUACAUGCUGCGUCACAAUUGAUCAUGCGUUUGCCAGGGAUUAUAGAGAUUUUGUCAUUGACAAAGAGGAGGUACAAAACAUUCAGGAUGAGGACAAACAUCGAUAUAAGCAGCUUGAUCAGCUUGUUGGAAAAUUCGAUACUUGGUUUGACGAGCUCGAGUUACCAAUCGUGGAAUUCCUGAGCGGUCCAUGGCAUAGCCACAUGGUUGAAGUUCUCUCAACCCGUGACUCUUACGACGAAGAACAUGUUCGGCAGACUAGAGAUCUCGGCAUAUUUUUGGAGCCAGUUGACUUUGACGAGAUUCCUCAAUUUGUCUAUUAUCUUGGUCAUCAGGUUGAAGAACUGGAGUCUGAGGUUGCUGUUUGA